AUGACGCUAAUGCUUAAAGCCGUGAGAUCGACGCUGGUACGGGCGUUACCCCAAUUGCGGGCAGCCUACUCGUCCAAUUUUGGUUUCGACAAGAAGCCGGGCCCUCCUCCUUUGCCCAAGGAGCAACAGGAAGAAUUUGAACGGCUCCAAAAGAUUGCGGCGUCGCAAGCAGCAAUCGAAGAAUACAAUGCUGAAGUGACGGGCGAAACCAGUGACAGCGGUCCCGUGUUGCCUAAGCUGGAUAUUGGCACGUUCAUGUAUAACCACACCAUCCCUGAGUUCGAAGGGGAUGUUAACCCCAAGACCGGUGAAGUCGGUGGUCCCAAGCAGGACCCUAUUCGCCACGGCGACUGGCUGUUUAACGGCCGCGUUACUGACUUCUAA